UGACCUUGAAACGCUGUUUAUGAAACAUAAUAGAUGGCAUCACGCCUCGUCCCCGAUUUCCCCGCCGUUUUGGUCGCUUUGGAGCAUAUUAAAGAGCUUGAUAAGGAGCUAAAAGACGAAGGGGUCGCGUUUUGUCCGGAGGCUAGCGUUCACUUGGCCGAGAUCACCUGCGCUAUCACGGGCUUAGAGGCGGAGAGACGGGCGGCUCACGAACAUUUGGAGGUGGCAACGAUAGAAAACAGCAAGCUCCGGCAUGAGAUGAACAACACCAGAGAGCACAUGAGCGCGGUGAUUAUGACGGAUGUAAAUGCAGCCAGAGCGUCCAAUACAGAGGAGAUAGAGCAACUGCGGAAAGACCUCCACGCUGUGUCACAGAUACAAGAAACAAUUGUGAAGAAACACGAAUUGGUUGUGUCUGAAAAUGAAUCACUGUCUAUGGAGCGAGAGAAAAUUAAAGCGAAACAUCAAGAGGUCAUUGCUGCUUUGAACAACGAAAGAACGCAAAAGUACGCAUUGCAAUCACAACUGGAUCAGACAAGGGAAACUAUUGAGAGUCUCAAAGCAACCAUAGCUUCAUGUGAACACAAUACUUUAGCAUUACAGCAUGAUUUGGCUUUAGAGAAAGAGGCUUUUAUUAAAUGCAGAGAUGAUCUGUCUAAGGAGUCUGAGGAGAAUGAGGAGAGGAUUAACCACCAGAAGCAGGAGAUAUUAAAGAGCAGUAGAGAGCUAGAGAUGCUCAGUGAAAAUAAGAGAGAUGGCAGUGAUAGCCUGGAUGAUCUAACAAUUCAAACCAUACAAUUGGAGAGCAGCAUACAACGAUUAAAGGCAUGCAAGAGUGAAUGUGAGAGAAAUGUUGAAGUAGAAAAGGAAAAAUGUAAAGUACUUACCACCCAAAAGGAAGCACUUGAAAAGCAACUGAAUGAGAUAAUCAAUGCAUUUAAUAAAGCAAUAAAAGCUCUAAGGGAAGAGAUUGCUACUAUUGAAGAAAGAAUGGUGGGUGCAAGAGCUACUAGGGCUCGUAUACAAGAUGCAUUAGCUAAAGUAUAUGAGGUAUUCAAAGUUCAUGAUGAGGAGGAGAAAGAAGUGAGGACUGAGUAUGAAUAUGUAUCACAACUACUGGAGAAAUCAAGGAUGCAGUUGGAAGAACGCAUUGCCUCCAUAGUUAAACAUAUGAAGGAGAUAAAUGAGAUGAAAAGACAAACUGAAGGACUCAAAGAGAAUGAUGUGAUAAACAAGAGAGUCUUUGAGAGGGACCAAGAGGAGCUUUGUGACAAUAUAGACAUACAGAAACAACGUACAAAAGAUUUGGAAGAUGAGAAAAGGCAGCUGCAGAAGAAUUUAAAGGAGCAAAAGAACACACAGGAAGAAUAUGUUAAGAAAAUUACUGCAGAUAUCAAAUUGACUUGGAAAAGAGUGAAGGAGCUGCAAAUAGAAGAGGCUACACUUAAGCAAAAACAACCAAUGAGCCCAGAUGAAAUGAAACAGUGCAUUGAGAGGUCUAAGGCAGAAUAUGAACAAAUACAGUCCCGUUGUCGAGAAGAAAUGAAACAAUCCAUCAAUGAAAUUGAAAUUGUAAUGAAAAAUUGUAAGGAAAAGCAAAAAGAAGUAGAGGAGAAGGAGACAAAUUUAGAAGAGGUGGAAGCCACAUGGAGAGAUGCGGCUUCCAGGUUUGAGCGGUUAAAAAGACAGGAAACUGAAUUUACAAAGAAAAAGUGUGAUUUGGAGCACUCUAUUGACAUGCUGAGGAAUGAAACCAUCAAAACACUCAAACCAAUAGAGAAGAAGAAAGCUGAAUUGGAGAGGAUUCGGGUAGAACACAUGAAUCAACUUAGAGAACAGGCAACAGAUAUGAAAUCCAUGGAGAUUCACAUUUACAACAGUAGCGUCAACCUGGAGCAAGUCCAAAUGGAGAACAGCCGUCUUCACCUACACAUCCAACAAAUGACAGAAGACCGGAACAAGGCUAAAGAAGAUAUGGAGAGAUACAGAGAGGAGGCCGAGCAGCUUAAACGGGACACUAAGAUAUUGUUAAGGAGUCUGCAGGAAGCAUGGAGAGAUGAGAUAGAGUUGACCCAGGAGAGGCACAGUGUGGAUGCAGCACUGGAGGUGCCCAUGGGUGCGCUGCAGAAUCACCUGAGAACCAGAGGGAGACAGUUGGGCCACGUCCAGGCUCUGCUCCAUGAACAGAUGCUGGACUUCAGCAGGAGACUGGGAGACAAGAUCACUGUGGAGCCCCAGUCUUAA